AUGCUCCCUCUGCGGCGCCAGACCCUGCGCAAACGGAACCCGUUCCAUCCCCUUGCCCACCCUUUUAAUAUUACACACAAAUCUCCUCCUAACAUUGCUCCCGCUAUUCAUACACCAGGCUGGAGAUGCCUUGCAACACAAGCUGAACAGCCCUCUACAGCCCAGGAGUUAGACACGAAAAAAGAACGAGUCGUCAUUCUUGGAUCCGGCUGGGGCGGAUACACCCUUUCGCGGAGGCUUUCUCAAAAGACCUAUGCACCUCUCAUAAUCUCCCCUCGCUCAUACUUUGUUUUUACCCCUCUCCUCACCAACACGGCCAGCGGAUCCCUUGAUUUCUCGAACAUAGUCGAGCCCGUGCGCGACCCGCGCGCCAAAGUCGACUUCAUCCAGGGAGCUGCGCGUGCAGUUAACUUGAAAAAGAAAACCGUUCUAUGCGAAGCAACUGUCGUUAAAAGCGGUGUUACCGAGUCACCUCGCACGGCGGAAGAGUACCGAGGAACCGAAGAAGGCCCGGAGGCCACGAAUAAGCAACCAAUGCAAGCACAUCUUCAAUGGGAACAGGGAGAAAUCUUCGAAGUACCCUAUGACAAGCUUGUCAUUGCGGUAGGCGCCGUCAGCCGCACGUUUGGGACACCAGGGGUGCGGGAGAAUGCAAUGUUCUUCAAGGACAUCGGGGACGCGAAAAGGGUCAAGCGGCGUGUGCGGGAAUGCUUUGAGCUGGCCGUCCUACCAUUCACUACCCCAGAGAUGCGAAAAUGGCUACUGAACUUCGCGAUUGUUGGAGCUGGCCCAACCGGUAUCGAGCUUGCAGCAUCGCUGCGCGAUUUUAUCUACUCCGACAUGAUGGCACUAUACCCGAGUCUUAAUGAAAUGCCGAAGAUCACCUUGUACGAUGUUGCGCCCAAGGUGCUUUCAAUGUUCGACGAGUCGCUUUCACGCUAUGCGAUGGAGACUAUGACGCGCGAGGGUAUUGAUAUCAAGACCUCCCACCAUGUCAAAAGUUUGCGCUGGGGCGCGCCCGGUGCGCCUCCGCCAUACCACAUGGAUCCUAAGCGUUGUCUGACUCUUACAACCGAGGAGGAUGGUGAACUGGGUGUUGGUAUGUGUGUCUGGGCGACUGGUAAUGGUAUGCCCAAGUUCAUUACCGAAUCGCUUGAUUCAGUCGAGGCAUUCCCUACAGACUCAGUUCAUAGCAUUGAGGCCUCCUCAGAAGCACCUCAAAAUCCUGAAAUCGCAUCGUGGAAAUUCAAGAAAGCUCCCAAGAACGGGCCCCUUCUUGUCGACGGGCAUCUGCGUGUACAGCUGCAAAAUGAAGCAGGCCAGACAGCCGUUCUUCGGGACGUGUUUGCGUUAGGUGACAAUGCCAUGCCAGAGAACGGUGCCCCUCCUGCAACGGCACAGGCUACCAACCAAGAAUCGAAGUGGCUGGCUGAUCGCUUGAAUAAAGGUGAUCUGGCCCAGACCCCGCCGUUUUCUUUCCGCAACCUGGGCACGAUGGCGUACAUUGGUGACGAACGGGCAUUGAUGCAAAUACCCCACAACGGUGACCGUGCCUCCAACAGUUUCCUACCGGAAGGGAUCAAGGGUCGUACUGCAUCGCUCAUUUGGAAGAUGGCGUAUAUCAGCAUGUCUAUCAGUUGGCGCAACAAACUCCGUGUGGCUUUCCGGUGGACGUUGAAUAAGAUCUUUGGUCGGGAUGUUUCGCGGUUUUGA